CGCCCAGCGGGCGCCCCUUGGGGCCCCGCCGCUCCCCCCAGGCCUGGACUGGGAAUUUGGUUGCGAUGGAGACCGUGUCCCUGGAGCACCAGAUCCAGAGUGUGCAGCGGCACAUCGCUUUCCUGAAGAAGGAGCAGAUGGAGCUGCUCCACGACCUGCACCUGGAGAUCCUCCGCUUGCAGAAGCACUGCACAGAGCUCACCCAUGACCUGGAGAUGAAAGAGCUGGAGGCCCGCCAACAAGACGUCCUGGACCGCGAGCUGGAGGAGAAGUGCCGGGCGAUGGAGGCCCAGCUGCAGGAGAAGGAGAAGGACAACCUGGAGCUGCGCAAGGAGCUGCAGCACAAGGAGACGCUGGUGGCUGCGCUGCGGUCCAGCCUCCGCAGCAAGGAGCGCCGGUUCCUGGAGGAGCUGAAGCGCCGGAGCCACCGCGUCACCAUCCUCGACACGGAGCUGCAGAAGCAGACGGAGGCGGCCGCCUACCUCUCCCUGCAGCUGCACGCCACGGCCCAGCGGCUGCCGGGCCCGCGGGCAGGCGGGCGGCCGCCCCCCGAGCAGCCCCCGGCCGAGGCGCGGCCCCGGCGCCGCGGCCACCGGGCUCGGCACCCGCCCGGGGACGGCGCCCGGCGCCGGGACCCCGCGCCGGAGGAGCACGAUGCCAUGCCCGACCCGGCGCUGUUCCUCUACACGCAGCUGGGCGCCGGGUUGCGUUCCCUGGCCCGGCUGCGGGGGGUGGGUGUGCAGCAGCAGUAG